AUCACUAUUCAUAUAUUUUGCGAUCAACAAAGGUGUUGUUGGCGGAAGAAUUCUCGCGAACAAAUUUGGUGUUAGUUGAAAGCUAGGAAAACCACACUAUUUUCUAUACUUUAAGAAACGAAGAUUUUAAGAAUGUCUAUGCAAGAAUUGGUUCAGGACGUUGAAGAAGUAACAAAACUUCUUGGCGAGGUCACUCGUCCUCGAAUUCGGAAUGUGUUACUAACUGCAAAAGCAGAGAUUGAAAAGGAAAUUGUCAAUCUGGAGAUGAAAGAGCAUUUUGCGAGUCAAAAGAAAGCGUCGGGGGAAGAUGCAAAACCCAAAAGAUAUUUAGUGGAAUUGACUGAAUACGCUUGGGACCAGAGUGAUAAAUUUGUAAAGUUAUUUGUUACAUUGGACGGUGUCCAAAACAUUGACAAAGCAAAUGUUGGCGUCACUUUCAAUGAAAAUUCUAUGGUCUUGCACGUCAGCGAUCUAAACGGAAAAGAUUAUGGUUUGACUAUCAACAACUUACUCGAGGGUAUCAAUAUAGAAAAGAGUUAUUGCAAGGUGAAGACUGACAUGGUUGCCAUUUAUAUGAAGAAAAAUAACGAAGGUAAAUGUUGGGACCACUUAACCAGAAUACAAAAGCGGUUAAAAGAGAAAGUAGAUGCUGAAUUCAAAAACUCUGAUGAUACUUCACCUGAAAAUGCUCUUGUGAACAUUAUGAAGAAGAUGUAUAAUAGCGGCGACUCGAAGACAAAACAAAUGAUUGCCAAGGCGUGGACUGAAGGUCAACAGAAAGCUCAUUUACGAGAGGAAAUGUAAUAGCUAAUUUCAGCCUUCUAUUUGUUCUAAAAUUAUGCAGGUUGAAAACAUUUCUGAUAACAACAUACAACAAAACAUUCUAUAAUGCGAUAUUUAGCCGUUAUAAACCUACAUAUAAAUAUACAUUAAUACAUAGAAAUA